AGGAGACAGAAGAGGAGAGAUGGAGGAGGAAAGAAGGAGACAGAAGUGGAGUGAUGGAGGAGGAAAGAAGGAGACAGAAGAGGAGUGAUGGAAAGGAAAAGCGGGAGUGAGGAGGAACUGAAAGAGGGCUGUAGCCAGCAGAAGGGAAGUGGCUCUGGGCAGGCCGGGGGAGGAGUCUGGGUCUCCCGUGGGUCGGUCGCUGGGAGCCGGGGCUCCAGCCCCAUGUGAGAGCGAGGGAGCGAGCCAGAGCCAGGGGCCCCGGGGAGCAGAACCCCCCUGGCAGAAGGAGAACUCCGCGCUGGAAGGAGGGAGCGAGCAAUUCCCCGGGGGAGGAGUGCCGGGCAAGAGAGCCCUGUACAACCUCCGGGCGAGCGAGCGAGCGAGAGGUGCAGCGGGAGAGCGGGGCGCCGGAAAGGGGGAGCAAGAAAAGCCCCCGGGGAGGAGACAAGUCCCAGCUGGAAGGAGAAUAGUCCCGGGCUAGCGAGCCCCGUGUAAACCGGAGCACGGGAAGGAAGCAGGCGGCGAGAAGGAGGAAGCCGAGCGAGAUCGAACCGGUCUCGGGUUUCCAGGCUGCGCGCUCUCCCCUCCUCCGCCGGGGAUAGGACGGAAGAGGGGAACGAGUAAACAAGGAGGGACAAGGGCUGAGAUUUCGCGAACAAGGGGCCGGAGCGGCCGGUUCCAGAGAACUCGGACUGGACCGGUUCUGGAAGGAGCCUAGUACCAGCUGCCGUCAGAACCAGAGUGCCAGGGGCAGAACUGGACCAGUUCUAGGGGACACAAGCACAGAACUGGUGUGAGAGGGAACUGGACCUGCGUGUCUGGCACCAGAAUCAGAGGCCCAAAACCAGCCAGGUUCUAAGGGUACCAGAUACAGAGUGUGAACAGAACAACGGUCCCAGUCCAGAACCAACUGGGUUCUAGAAGGUUCAGACCAAGACAAAACGAACCCAGUCCCAGGGAAUCCAGAACCAUCUGGGUUCUAGAGGAUCUGAACCCAGAACUGGCCCAGCUCCAGGGACACCAGAACCAGCAGGGUUCUAGGAGAUCUGAGUCCAGAACAACAGAGACAGAACCACCCUGGUUCUAGGGGAUCAAAGCCUAGAACCAAGAAGACAGAACCAGCUGGGUUCUAGGAAGCCAGAACCAGAACAGGAGGGAGAUACACAGAACCGCCCCGGUUCUAAAAGAUCUGAGUUCAGAACCAGCAGGACAAGACCAUUCUGGUUUUAGAAGAUCUGAGUCCAGAACGAGCCCAGUUCCCAGGCAUACGUGUCCAGUACAAGUGACUCCGAAGCAGCCCACUUCUAGGACCCAGCUGGCUCCGGAUCCACUCCGGAGUGGUGCCCAGUGUUCCCCAGCACCGUCUGCUCUGGUCCCCUACCAUGGAGGAGGGUGCGCGGCGCCGGGGCGGUUCCGAGAAGGCCGCAGAUGGCUCAGAGCAGCCGGCAGAGGCUGGCGUGGGCCUCAAGAAGGAGAUCGGGCUAGUGAGCGCCUGCGGCAUCAUCGUAGGUAACAUCAUUGGGUCGGGGAUCUUCGUGUCACCGAAGGGCGUGCUGGAGAACGCGGGCUCCGUGGGGCUGGCCCUGCUGGUGUGGAUCAUCACGGGGCUGAUCACGGCCGUGGGGGCGCUGUGCUACGCGGAGCUGGGCGUCACCAUCCCCAAGUCCGGCGGCGACUACUCCUACGUCAAGGACAUCUUCGGGGGGCUGGCUGGGUUCCUGCGGCUGUGGAUCGCGGUGCUGGUGAUCUACCCCACCAACCAGGCCGUCAUUGCCCUCACGUUCGCCAACUACGUGCUGCACCCGCUGUUCCCCACCUGCCUGGCGCCCGAGGGGGGGCUCCGCCUGCUGGCGGGGGUGUGUCUGCUGCUGCUGACGUGGGUGAACUGUGCCAGCGUGCGCUGGGCGACGCGGGUGCAGGACGUCUUCACGGCCGGGAAGCUGCUGGCCCUGGCGCUCAUCAUCAUCAUGGGCAUCGUGCAGAUCUGCAAGGGGCAGUACUACUGGCUGGAGCCGCGGCACGCCUUCGAGGCCUUCGCGCCGGUGGACGUGGGCACGGUGGCGCUGGCGUUCCUGCAGGGCUCCUUCGCCUACGGCGGCUGGAACUUCCUCAACUACGUCACCGAGGAGCUGGUCGACCCCUACAGGAACCUGCCGCGGGCCAUUUUCAUCUCCAUCCCCCUGGUGACCUUCGUCUACGUCUUCGCCAACGUGGCCUACGUCACCGCCAUGUCGCCCCAGGAGCUGCUGGCCUCCAACGCCGUGGCCGUGACGUUUGGGGAGAAGCUGCUGGGUGUCAUGGCCUGGAUCAUGCCCAUCUCCGUGGCCCUGUCCACCUUCGGGGGUGUCAACGGCUCCCUCUUCACCUCCUCCCGGCUGUUCUUCGCAGGAGCCCGUGAGGGCCACCUCCCCAGCCUGCUGGCCAUGAUCCACAUGCAGCGCUGCACCCCCAUCCCCGCCCUGCUCUUCACCUGCCUGUCCACGCUGCUGAUGCUGGUGACGAGCGACAUUUACACCCUGAUCAACUACGUGGGCUUCAUCAACUACCUGUUCUAUGGGGUGACCGUGGCCGGGCAGAUUGUGCUACGCUGGCGCCAGCCCCACAUGGCCCGGCCCAUCAAGGUCAGCCUGUUCUUCCCGGUCCUCUACCUGCUCUUCUGGGCCUUCCUGCUGCUGUUCAGCCUGUGGUCGGAGCCGGUGGUGUGCGGCGUGGGGCUGGCCAUCCUGCUGAGCGGGGCCCCCGUCUACGGGCUGGGCGUGGCCUGGCGCCGCAAGCCGCCCGCCCUCCACGCCGGCCUGGCGGCGGUGACGCGGGUGGCCCAGAAGCUGUGUGGGGUCGUGUACCCCGAGAUGGAGCCCCCCGACCCCGAGCGCCCGGAGCAGCUGGAGCCCAUGUGCGACGCCGGGGCCCCCUCCCAGCCCCACCACUGAGCCCCCCGCCCUGCUCUGCACUGCGCCCCACGGCACCUCCCCCGCCCCCGCUCCCCCACGGCCCCCCCGC